CAUUAUUGGUGUCAGUGGGGGGAGGAAUAGUGCCCCAUCGUUGAUGUCAGUUGGGGGAAGGAAUAGUGUUCCAUCGUUGGUGUCAGUGGGGGGGUGGAAUAGUGCCCCAUCGUUGGUGUCAGUGGGGGGUGGAAUAGUGCCCCAUCGUUGGUGUCAGUGGGGGGGAGGAAUAGUGCCCCAUCAUUGGAGUCAGUGGGGGGGGAGGAAUAGUGCCCCAUCGUUGGUGUCAGUGGGGGGAGGAAUAGUGCCCCAUCGUUGGUGUCAGUGGAGGGUGGAAUAGUGCCC